UCUCGCCUCCCGCCCUCCCUCCUCUGGCCAUGGGCUAGCUAGAUGAAGCAGUCAGUUCCGUGGGGCUCGCAGAACAGGCGAUCGGCUCUCCCUUCUUCUCUCGGGGCUUUUCUUUCGUUCCUUUAUUUCCACCCCCCUUCCCUUUCUUUUCUUUCUUUUUUUUUUGCGCGUGUGUAAAUUUCCUCCCCCCUCUCCUGUUGUUGUCGGGUGUCGUCUAUGUGCGUGUCGCGGGGGGUGGCGGGGAAGGGGGGGCCUCUUCGCCCGGGUUAUUGUGUGGCCUGGAUCGCGAGGUGGCAAGUGAUCUGCAAAGAAAAGAAAGCCCGCCGCCAGGGAAGAGGAGGAGGAGGGGGCAGAAAGGGACCAGAAUAAUCAUCCUCGUUAAUAAUAAUAAUAAUAAUAAAAGAGAGAGAGAGGAAGAAAAGAGGGGGAGCGGGAGGCCAAGGAGAAUAAAAGGAGGCUGGGCACAGCUUUGCAUUGAAGAUCGGGGCGCUAUUGAAAAGUGGUGUUGUCUUCCACCCGUGCGUGCUUCCAUCGGGGGAGUAUAUUAGAGCCGGACAGUGGGCUGCGAGAGCAGCAGUACCAGCAGAAGCAGAAGCAGAAGCGGCGGCAAGCUUGGAAGCCUCUCGGAGCAAGGCGGACUGUGCAGGGCAGAGGCAUGCUUUUAUCAAGGAGACCGCAGCUCACGGAGUUUUCCUUAAGUCUUCUUCUCGCUCUCCUAUGUUUGCGAAUCAAGGUUACUCUAACGUCAGGCCAAUUCGAGUUUGAAAUCCUGUCCAUGCAAAAUGUAAACGGGGAGUUGCAAAAUGGGAAUUGCUGUGAUGGGACCCGCAACCCGACUGAUAGAAAAUGCACCAGAGAUGAGUGUGAUACUUAUUUUAAAGUUUGCCUGAAGGAGUAUCAGUCCCGGGUUUCCGUUGGGGGCCCGUGCAGCUUUGGAUCGGGAUCUACCCCAGUCAUCGGCGGGAAUACCUUCAACUUGAAAUACAGUCGGAAUAACGAAAAGAACCGGAUUGUCCUCCCUUUCAGCUUUGCUUGGCCGAGGUCCUACACAUUGCUUGUUGAGGCCUGGGAUUACAGUAAUGACAGUGCUAAUGCAGAUAGCAUUAUUGAAAAAGCUUCUCACUCUGGUAUGAUCAACCCCGGCCGCCAGUGGCAGGUCUUGAAACAAAACGCAGGCGUGGCUCAUUUCGAAUACCAGAUCCGGGUGACUUGCGACGAGCAUUAUUAUGGCUUUGGCUGCAACAAGCUUUGUCGGCCAAGAGAUGACUUCUUUGGACACUACACCUGCGAUCAAAACGGCAACAAAACCUGUUUGGAAGGCUGGAUGGGACCCGACUGUAACAAAGCCAUCUGUCGUCAAGGGUGCAGCCCCAAACACGGUACUUGCAAAAUUCCUGGGGAGUGCAGGUGUCAGUAUGGAUGGCAAGGCCAGUACUGCGACAAAUGCAUUCCACACCCAGGCUGUGUCCAUGGCACUUGCAAUGAACCGUGGCAGUGUCUCUGCGAAACCAACUGGGGUGGCCAGUUCUGCAAUAAAGAUCUAAACUAUUGUGGGACGCACCCGCCUUGUUUGAAUGGGGGCACCUGCAGCAACACGGGGCCGGACAAAUAUCAGUGCUCAUGCCCAGAGGGCUACUCAGGACAGAAUUGUGAAAUUGCGGAACAUGCCUGUCUUUCGGAUCCGUGCCACAAUGGAGGAAGCUGCCUUGAAACCUCUACAGGAUUUGAGUGUGUCUGUGCUCCAGGCUGGACAGCACCAACAUGCACACUUAAUAUUGAUGACUGCUCUCCCAACCCCUGUGGCCAUGGAGGGACGUGCCAAGAUCUAGUGGAUGGCUUUAAAUGUGUUUGCCCUCCUCAAUGGACUGGCAAAACAUGCCAGAUAGAUGCAAAUGAGUGUGAAGGUAAACCAUGUCUCAAUGCUAAUUCCUGCAGGAACCUAAUUGGCGGCUACUAUUGUGACUGCAUUGCUGGCUGGACUGGCCAGAACUGUGAUAUAAAUACUGAUGACUGUAUUGGACAAUGUCAGAAUGGAGGGACUUGCAGGGACUUGGUUAAUGGUUAUCGCUGUGUCUGCCCACCUGGCUAUGCAGGGGAUCACUGUGAGAGAGACAUCAAUGAAUGCACAAGCAACCCUUGUCUGAAUGGGGGUCAUUGCCAAGAUGAAAUCAAUGGAUUCCAAUGUCUCUGCCCUGCUGGAUUCUCAGGAAAUAUCUGUCAGUUGGACAUAGAUUAUUGUGAGCCCAACCCCUGCCAGAACGGAGCCCAAUGCUUCAAUUACGAGAACGAUUAUUUCUGUAGCAACUGUCCAGAAGAUUAUGAAGGGAAGAAUUGUUCGCACCUCAAGGAUCACUGCCGUUCUACUCCUUGUGAAGUCAUUGACAGCUGUACGGUCGCGGUGGCUUCCAACAGCACCCCGGAAGGGGUCCGCUACAUCUCUUCCAAUGUUUGCGGCCCCCACGGAAAGUGCAAGAGUCAAGCUGGGGGCAAGUUUACUUGUGAAUGCAACAAAGGCUUUACCGGCACCUACUGUCAUGAAAACAUCAACGACUGUGAGAGCAACCCAUGCAAGAACGGUGGCACGUGCAUUGAUGGCAUCAACUCCUACAAAUGCAUUUGUAGCGACGGAUGGGAGGGCACCUUCUGUGAAGCGAAUAUAAAUGACUGCAGUAAAAACCUUUGCCACAACGGAGGGACGUGUCGUGACCUGGUCAACGAUUUCUUCUGUGAAUGCAAAAAUGGAUGGAAAGGGAAAACCUGCCACUCGCGGGACAGCCAGUGUGAUGAAGCCACAUGCAACAACGGAGGGACCUGUUACGAUGAGGGAGAUGCCUUCAAGUGCAUGUGUCCUGCCGGGUGGGAAGGUGCCACUUGCAAUAUAGCGAGAAACAGCAGCUGCCUACCAAACCCCUGUCAUAACGGAGGGACGUGUGUAGUGAGCGGUGAUUCUUUUACAUGUGUCUGCAAAGAGGGCUGGGAAGGACCAAUAUGCACUCAGAAUACAAAUGAUUGCAGCCCCCACCCUUGCUACAAUAGUGGACUGUGUGUAGAUGGGGACAAUUGGUACCGUUGUGAGUGUGCACCAGGUUUUGCAGGUCCGGACUGCAGGAUAAAUAUCAAUGAAUGUCAGUCUUCACCGUGUGCAUUUGGAGCUACCUGUAUAGAUGAGAUCAAUGGAUACCGUUGUAUCUGUCCAAGUGGUCGCAGUGGUCCCAGAUGUCAAGAAGUUUCAGGAAGGCCCUGUGUCGCCAGUGGACAUAUUAUUCCAGAUGGAUCAAAGUGGGAUGAUGAAUGUAAUAGCUGUCAAUGUAUGAAUGGAAAAGUGACUUGUUCUAAGGUCUGGUGUGGUCCAAAGCCUUGCCAGAUCAACGCAAAAGGUCACGGCGAAUGUCCUGCAGGAAACACCUGCCAUCCUAUUAGAGAUGACCAUUGCUUUGUCCGGCCCUGUGACAACAUAGGUGAAUGUUGGCCUUCAAAUCAACAGCCAGUGAAAACAACAUGCAAUUCUGAAUCUUACUAUCAGGACAAUUGUGCUAACAUCACUUUCACCUUUAACAAAGAAAUGAUGACUCCGGGUCUUACUACUGAGCAUAUUUGUAAUGAGCUGAGGAAUCUGAGUAUUUUGAAGAAUGUUUCUGUUCAGUACUCCAUCUACAUCACCUGCGAGCCAUCACACUUAGCAAACAAUGAAAUUCAUGUUGCAAUUUCUGCUGAAGAUAUCCAGGAGGAGGAAAACCCAAUAAAAGAAAUAACUGAUAAAAUUAUUGAUCUGGUCAGCAAGCGUGAUGGGAAUAGUACACUUAUUUCGGCAGUUGCCGAGGUCCGAGUGCAAAGGCGACCGGUUAAAAGCAAAACAGACUUCCUGGUUCCAUUGCUCAGCUCCGUUUUGACUGUGGCUUGGAUCUGUUGCCUCGUGACUGCCUUCUAUUGGUGCAUCCGGAAACGCCGAAAGCAGAGCAGCCACACCCACACGGCGUCAGAUGACAACACCACCAACAACGUCCGGGAGCAGCUGAAUCAGAUCAAGAACCCUAUAGAGAAACAUGGCGCCAAUGCCGUCCCGAUCAAAGACUAUGAAAACAAGAACUCAAAAAUUGCCAAAAUAAGGACACACAACUCUGAAGUGGAGGAAGACGACAUGGACAAGCACCAGCAAAAGACCCGGUUUGCCAAACAGGCAACCUACACGCUAGUAGACAGAGACGAAAAGCCACCCAACGGCACUCCCACAAAAAACCCAAACUGGACAAACAAACAAGACAACCGGGACUUGGAAAGCGCACAAAGCUUAAACCGAAUGGAGUACAUUGUAUAGCAGACGGCAGCUGCUGCUGGGCAGGGCCUUUCCCCGAUCAGUUCAAGGCAACUCAGAGCUUGUAGUUCUUAAAAAAUGGUUGUGUAAUAUUUUGAGUCUAAGGCUAUUAUUUGCUUAGAAUCCCUGUGUUAAUUUAAGUUUUGACAAGCUGGCUUACACUGGCAGUGAUAGUUGCUGUGGUUUGGCUGGAUUACCAAGUGCUGCAUUUCACAUCUAUGCAAAACUAGUCAAAAGUGACCCUGUGUCAAUUCAGCAGCAGCUGAUGCAUCCUGGGAAAGUUUCAUGAGGGGUCGUGUAGCCUUUUAUUUAGCUUCCCUGCCGCCUCUCCCCUCCC